CGACGAUGAUGGCAUGAUUGUUCCUUUGACUUUACAAACGCUUUUCUGCUCCUCAACUUUGAGUGGGAAAACCUUGACGCAGAAAGCUGUGGCGGCGACUUCUUGAUUUCUCUCCUUGAUCAAGCUCAAGCCCCCAUUCCCAUUAUAUCCAGAGUUCUCAGCGAGUGUCCACGCCUCAGACUCUUUCGCUCGGUAUCGCGCCUCUCUCUCUUCUCGGCUGCUUCCUAGCGUCAUACCUACCUUAUCCAGCCACCUCAACCGCCAUUGCACCCGCUACACUACUCGUCCACGCCAUCACCAUCAUCAGCCACGCGGUCCAACCCAGUUCACUCGCGCGCCGUGCGCAGCCACUUGACGACUGAAGCUCACCUGCCAUCACUACCACAAUCACCAUAAAAAAAGAAAAAGAAAAAAGAAAAAAAACUAAAAAAAAUGCCGACCCUAAUCCUAGACCUCUUCAAAAUCAACCUCCAGUCCCCGACCCGCCGCCACCUCGGCAUCAACUACCUCGUCCCCUCCUCCGCCGGCGACCGCGAGCGCAUCAACCUCGCCUCUCUCCGCCGCCAACACAUCUCGGCCAUGCAAUCCCGCCUUUUCCCUUCAGCACCACCACCACACAUGAUAUCCUCCCCCUCCCCCUCUACUUCCUCACUAACAAGGGGUGGGGAUCAUCACAACGGUCUCGGCCUGGAAACCUGGGACGACGGCACCGUCGAGCUGCGCGGGUUCCCCAUUGAGGAUAUCCUGGUGGUGCGCGUGGUCAACAAGAUGACGGGCGAGACGGACACCAGUUACGAGCUGCAUUUUGAGUACGUGUUUGAUGCGGAAAGGGUGGCGGAUGUGAUUGGAUUGGCGGUGGGACCGCCGGUGGAAAAAGAUGAAGGACCGGGCGGGUGGAGGGGGUGGGUGGUGACGGUGCCGAAGAGGGUGCAUCAUCGGAGUCAGAUGUGGGAGAGGUGUAUGGAGAGGGAGAGGGUGGGGGAUAGGGAUUUGAGAGAUAGGGACUUGAGGGAUAGGGAGAGAGAAAGGGAAAGGGAAUUGAAAGAGAGAGAGCUGAAAGAGAGGGAGCUGAAAGAGAGGGAGCUGAAAGAGAGGGAGCUAAGAGAGAGGGAGCUAAGAGAGAGGGACUUGAGGGAGAGGGAAAGGGAGAGGGAACGGGAUUUGAGAGAGCGGGAUCUGAGAGAGAGGGAUUUGAGGGAUCGGGAACUGAGGGACAAAGAGCUGAGGGAUAGGGAGAGGGGCCUGAAGGAAAGGGAGAGGGAUUUGAGGGAGAGGGACAGAGAACGGGACCUGAGAGAAAGAGAUCUGAGGGACAGAGAACUAAGGGAUAGGGAACUGAGGGAAAGGGAAAGGGAACGAGAACGAGAACGAGAUAGGGAACGGGAAAGGGAAAGAGAUAGGGAGAGAGAUAUGGAAAUGAAGGGUGUGAGGCAGGUGGAGAGAAGGUCGAUGAUACCGGUCGCCAUACAGACGCCGCGGGAUAGCAACGGAGGCUUCAAGGAUAUGGAGAGGAGAUCAAUGAUACCCGUCGCGAUUCAGCCGCCGCAUCCGGAACCGCCGAGACUAAAGGUUAGGAAGAGCCAGAAGUUUUGAAAGGGGACUGGGAAGAGGGUUAAUGUUGGUUUGUGAAGUAUGAGGUCAUGAUUAGAACGGGGAGGUUAUUGUGGGAGGCCGAUUUGGGACUGGAAAGAUUCAGUUGGACCAUUUGAUGCUGCUGGGAUUCAUGGCCUGCGUGCUCGUUGGAAAUGGUUAUUCGUUAUUGUUGUUUUGGGGGAAAAGAACUGAAAGGCUCUAUCUGUCUGGGAUUAAUUACAUCACUUAAGUCUCACUCAUGG